AUGACAAAAAGAUAUUGGAACAUCGAUUUGGAAGAGAUGAUGAGAGCAGGAGUUCAUUUUGGACAUGGUACUAGGAAAUGGAAUCCUAGAAUGGCACCUUAUAUUUCUGCAAAGCGUAAAGGUAUUCAUAUUAUAAAUCUGACUAGAACUGCUCGUUUUUUAUCAGAAGCUUGUGAUUUAGUUUUUGAUGCAGCAAGUAGGGGAAAACAAUUCUUAAUUGUUGGGACAAAAAAUAAAGCAGCUGAUUUAGUGUCGCGGGCUGCAAUAAGGGCUCGGUGUCAUUAUGUUAAUAAAAAGUGGCUCGGCGGCAUGUUAACAAAUUGGUCUACUACAGAAAAAAGACUUCAUAAGUUUAGGGACUUGAGAACUGAACAAAAGACAGAGGGAUUCCACCGUCUUCCGAAAAGGGAUGCAGCUGUGUUGAAGAGACAAUUAUCUCGCUUGGAAACAUAUCUAGGCGGGAUUAAAUAUAUGACGGGAUUGCCUGAUAUUGUAAUCAUCAUCGAUCAGCAAGAAGAAUAUACGGCUCUUCGAGAAUGUAUAACUUUGGGAAUUCCAACCAUUUCUUUAAUCGAUACAAAUUGUAAUCCCGAUCUCGCGGAUAUUUCUAUUCCAGCAAAUGAUGACGCUAUAGCUUCAAUUCGAUUCAUUCUUAACAAAUUAGUAUUCGCAAUUUGUGAGGGUCGUUCUAGCUAUAUACAAAAUUCUUGA